AUGAGGAGUCUCCCGUUACUUAUUUUUGCCGUGACAUUGUGGCUUGGAGGAAUCUCUGCCGAUGGAGAAUCGACGCUCUAUCCCUAUGGGCCAUCGGUAGGCGAUAAAAUAACUCCAGUAGCGGACGAUGGCGCAACCAGUGCCAUUCCCAUCUCAGUACCCUUCACUUUUUUUGGAAGGACGCACAAAUCCCUUUACGUCAAUAAUAAUGGCGUGGUUUCUUUUGGAGUCUCUGUUUCCAAGUAUACCCCCGAUGCGUUCCCGCUAGCAGAUGGGAGCCCCUUUGUGGCACCCUUUUGGGCAGAUGUGGACAACCGGUUAGGAGGAAAGGUGUAUUAUCGUGAGACCACCGACCCGCCGACGUUACAGAGGAUAACUCAUGACAUAAACAAGUAUUUUCCCAACCUCCAUUACAAGGCAAAAUGGGUCUUUGUGGCAACGUGGGACAAGGUGGCCUACUUUUCCUCAUUAUCCAAAAAGACCAACACGUUUCAGGCUGUCCUGUCCACCGAUGGUAAAAGAUCAUUUAUUAUACUGAAUUAUGGGGAUGUUACAUGGACCACCGGAGCAGCAAGUGGCGGUAAUCGAGUAACGGGCUUAGGAGGCACCCCUGCCCAGGCUGGCUUUAACAGUGGGGACAAGACUCAUUAUUUCAAUAUUCCCGGCUCUAGAACGGAUGAGAUCAUUAACAUCGGGCAUACGUCCAACGUCAACGUGCCCGGACGUUGGGUCUUCCAAGUGGAUGCAUUCAAGGCGCCUGGUGGCUGUGUUUUUGAAGCCAACUUUGCCCGAUACAACGACACCUUCUGGAAGGACGAAACCUGUGAGACUAAAUGUGUUUGUAACACAGACGGAGAAGUUGCGUGUACCGAGGAGUCCUGUCCUGCGUCUUUGGUCUGCCAGCCGUCCGCUUGGCGCUUCACCUGUCAGAUCAGUCUCGGGAGCUGUUUUUGAAA